AGCAAGCAAUUCAACCCACCAACCAACCACAUCGCACCCAGCACCGGUGCGGUGACCGACCCAUAAAAGCAGCCCCUCCAUCACGGCCACGGUUCCCCUCCAUUCCCUUCCCUUUCCUUUCCUUUCCAUCCCGCGACGCACGCAGCUCGACCAGAACCGUGCAGCGGCAGCGGCAGCGGCAGCCGGCGGAGAGCAGCCAUGGCGAUGGAGGGCUACGACCGGGAGUUCUGGCAGUUCGGCGACCAGCUGCGGCUCCAGACGGCCACCUUCUCCGGCCUCUCCCUCGGCGACUCCAUCUGGUCGUCCCCCGCCGACAACAACGCCCCCCGCUCCCGCAACGCCGACCCCGGCCUCUUCUCCCCCUCCCCGCCCGCCGCCCACAACAACGCCGCUUCCAAGCCCAACAACAGCCUCAACGGCCCGGGCCUCAUCGGGUCCGGCAAGCUCGCCUUCGGCGCCACCACCACCAGCAAGGCCGACCGCUACAACAACGUCAGCCUCCCCGACGCCAAGCCCUACGCCAACGCCAACGCCAACGCCGGCUACGGCGCCAAGCCCAACAACGCCAACAUCAACGGCAACACCUUCGGGCUCAGCAAGAUGGCCGCCAGCGGCGGGGCCGGCUACAGCAACUUCAACGGCGGCAACGAGGGGGUCAAGAGCUACUUCAACAAGUCCAUCGGCAGGCCGGCCAGCAACAACAGCAACAGCAGCAACUUCAACUUCAACGGCUACGGCGGCAAGAAGGGCGCCGCGGACGGCAAGAAGAAGCACGCCAAGAACGAGAGAGGGGACAACAACCACGGCGCCGCCUCGGAGAAGCGGUUCAAGACGCUGCCGGCGUCCGAGGCGCUGCCUAGGAACGAGCCCAUCGGCGGCUACAUCUUCGUCUGCAACAACGACACCAUGGAGGAGAACCUCAAGAGGCAGCUCUUCGGGUUGCCAUCCAGAUACAGAGAUUCAGUGAGGGCGAUCAGGCCGGGGCUGCCCCUCUUCCUCUACAACUACUCCACCCACCAGCUCCACGGCAUCUUCGAGGCCGCGAGCUUUGGCGGAGCAAACAUCGACCCGGCGGCGUGGGAGGACAAGAAGUGCAACGGCGAGUCCCGCUUCCCUGCACAGGUGAGGGUGGCCACAAGGAAGAUCUGCGACCCACUGGAGGAGGACGCAUUCCGCCCUAUCCUGCACCACUACGACGGGCCCAAGUUCCGGCUCGAGCUCAGCAUCACCGAGGCUCUCUCCCUCCUUGAUAUAUUUGAAGACAAGGAUGAUGCAUGAUGAAGGCUGCUCAGUGCUGAUCAGGGGACUGUUGAGGAAGGAACAGCGUGCAAUAAGAUGGACUGGAGUAUACAUACAUACAUACGAUUUAUAUCAUUAUCAAUUAAUGGUGAUAUAUAAGUGAGCUUUAUUGGGUUUUCCAUCUCAUGGGCUAUGAAAUUAUGCGCCCCUCGUUGUCUGUAAUGCGUGGUGAUGGCUGCAGAAGAUGAGCCCUCGUGAACAUAACUUAUGUAUUGUCACGGCUAUGUAUGUAUAAUACUAUUGAGACUUUAAGAUGUUUCUCCUGUUGUA